AUGAAAUUUGAAGCAAAUCAAGUGAGGUAUGAUCAGGAUGACUCUCUGUAUGUGGAACCAUGGGGAGGUUCUCGUGGAUGUGAAUGGAGUUACAAGCUGAAAGGUCCUAUAAAGAAUAUCUUCUUUGCAUAUUAUGGUGGUGUUAUUAACUACAUCAAGUUCCCAACCAUAGACACUGAAAGAGGGGUAACCAUUGAUUCUCCAAGGUUUGGUGGAAAUGGUAGGAGAGUAUCCAAGGUGAUUUUUGAGAAAGCACCAAUGGAACAUUUGACAGGAAUAACAGGGACAUUGGGUCGUUUUGAAGGGCAUUUAGUUGUGAAAUCUCUAUGUUGUUUUAUAACAAAUGUAAAAAGCUAUGGACAAUAUGAGUCUGAACGUGGUAUUGAGUCAAGAGGAAGACCUUUUAAUCUGACCAUGAAAGGUUGGGCAAUUGUUGGAUUUCAUGGGCGUGCUGGAUCAUACCUUGAUGCUAUUGGUGUCCAUUUGCACAAACUUACUCCUCCAACUUUGCCAAUGGCACCUGACCAGAAAUCUGAAGAAGAAGAAGAAGGAGGCUGGGAAAUAGUCGAAGUUUAA